AGUGAACUUGUUUUCUCGAAAAAAAGUGACUUUUUUUCGGUGGGGGAAAAAAAAAGUGUUUUUGGAUUAAAAAAAAAAAAAAAUUCUCAUGGAUUGAAGAGAAGUGCGAUAUUUGGAAAAAAAAGUGACCUUGAUUUAUUGAGCGAUUGUCAAAGCGAACUUGAUUAGUGCUCGAGUGAGAUUCUUUGUUUGGGCCUUGGGAGUUCUCGCGGGAGGAAAGGUCGCGGUGACCUUGGAUACCAAUGGUGACACGAUCGCGGUGAAAAGUGCUGCGAGACGACUUUUUUAUUGUGGGGAAAAAGCAAAUUUUUUUUUUCUCCUUUUUUUAAGGGGAAAAAAAGUGGGGGUUUAUUUUUCUCAAAAAUUUUGGUUUUUUGAGAGAAUUUCGUUUCUUUUUUUGAAACGAAAUUUAGGCUGGCAGUGAUAAUAACAAGAUGCCGAAAAUAUUCUUGAUCAAAAAUCGCCUCCACCAGCAGCAGCUCAAGCUGUUGGAGGCACAACACUCGGGGAAAAGUCCACCACACGGAGGCGGAAAGGAUAGCCCCCUUGGGGGCAGCGAACCCCUCAGUCUCAUCGUUAACAAACAUCAAUAUCGUGAGAGAAUUGAAGAUGACAGAGCAACGACACCGGAAUCGUUGCGCAGUGCAAGUCCAGCGUCAUCGCCACCGCCCUCGAUUCAAUGGCAAGCGACGCAGAUGUCGAAUUCGAGUCAUGGAGCACCGAGAAGAUUUAUCUCGAGUAUCCUCGGUGGCGAUGUCCCCUAUGGAAGUAGAGGUCACGUACUGACAAGAGCCGAACGUAAAGAAUACAGUAGUCCACCAAUUGCUCCAUCAUCAUCGGAGCCGAAAUUCCUGACGAAAACGGACAAAGUCGAACUCCCCAGGCCACUGACCCCACCGAAGGCUAAACUCGAACCUCCCACGAGAGUCUCGGUAAUUCAGAGGGUGCCGCCCCAGGCGCAAAAUCCCAGACGUGAGGAGACGAAAAUUGAGGUCCCAUGCACACAGGAACCUGAGCAGGAUCAACCGAUUGACUAUGCAGUACCUAAGCGAAAAGAGGACGAGGAGAAGGGUAGGGAGGGAGCGAAGAAUUCGAGGACAAUGGGCAAUUCAAUAGCGAGGCCCCUUUUGGCGAUGAGAUUAUCCGGACAGCAGGCAAUUCACGCGGCAGCUGGUCAUGGAAGAACGUCUAAUUCUGGAAGUAAUACCGGUGGUAGUCAAGGUUCCUCGGGUGGGAAUUCGUCAAAUAGUGGAAAUUCCGGAAGUUCUGGCGGUGGUUUCAGUUCCGGUGGUGGGAACACGGGAAGUGGUGGUGGCGGUGCAAUUGGCGGUGGUGCCGGUGGGGGUGGAAUGAAUCCCGGUGGUAAUGGUGGUCGUGGAAAUUAUGGUCCAAGUUCACCGCCAACUGGUUCCCUACCGCCAUUCUACGAAUCGUUGAAAGGAGGCAAUAACCUCGCUAAUUUCGCGAAUCAGUACAAUGGAAAUGGUUACCUCACGGCGUCGCCAGCUGUUGGAAUGGACUGCGAUACAGGACAGCACGAUGUUAAUUCCCCCCAUUCAUUCGGUGCUCAGGAAGGGAAGCAGUACUCCCUGCUGCAGAAUGUAUGCGCCUCGUAUGGUAUUACCCUUAAGGAAGAAGAAGAUCUAGCGGCCUAUAAGAUUCAACCAAACGAUUUACUCUCCGGACAGUAUGGACCGUAUGAUAUGACAGACUCGGGUAUGAUUGUGGACAUGGUCACUGGUUCUGUAGUCGAUCCAAUGCAAUUUACAGCUACGUUUACCUUCAAUUCACCGCCGGAUCAUAACGCCUUCUUGGAGAGUCUAAAUGAUGCGGAGGAUCUCUUUUUGCCGAAACUCCCCGCCGAGGAAGGCAAUGAUCUACUUGAAGAAACGUUACAUUCCCCAGCGUCCGCUGGUAGUGUCAUCGGUCAAGAUGGACAGAUGACCAGUCCAGUGGAACCCAGUGUCGAUCCCUUUCCCGAACACAAUAUAUCGCUGGCUAGAGGUUUUGAUAACACCAGGCAUUACACAGUUCCGCAACACAUGUCGCCGAAAAUCUCAGGAAUCACCUAUCCCAGUGCAGAGUCGAGUUAUCAACCUCUACCUAAGGAGCGCGCCGAAUUGGCACUUCAUAUAAACCAAAAUCAACAUCAACCCGAACCACAACUUCAGCAAUUGCAAAUACAAGUCCAAUUGCAGCAGCAACAUCAGCAGCAGAGUUCUCCCCAUCAGCAUCAUCAGGGCUUGCUGAGUCCUAGCUUGAGCUUCACUGGCAGUGGUUUGGAAUUGGAUUCCGGUAGUAGUGCUGGUGGGAGUUUGCCAAGUCCGGGUGCAGCCUCGUGUUCCCUGGACGCAGCGUCGACCAGCACAUCGCCAUCCUGUGCACUAAUGGAGCACGCGCCGAGUCCCUCGAGCGUAUCAGCUACGUUGGGCCUCCCAGGAGAUGUCCCCAUUGAAUUCGUUAACGGCGGUCAUGGAAUCAAGAACCCAUUGGCGAUUGAUGGCCAACGGCAGACAACGACGAUUCGCGAAGAAGAAAGAGCGGUUCGACCUCCACAAGGAAAGGAGGACGAUCCCAGUAGAUUCUCGUGUCGCGUUUGCAGUAAGCACUUCAGUCUCCAGAGACUCUUGAAUCGACACAUGAAGUGCCACAGCGAUGUGAAACGAUACCUCUGCACCUUCUGUGGGAAGGGUUUUAAUGACACCUUCGACCUCAAGAGGCACACGAGAACGCACACCGGAGUCAGGCCCUACAAAUGCAAUCUCUGCGAGAAGAGCUUCACCCAGAGAUGUUCACUCGAGAGCCAUUGCCUCAAGGUCCACGGGGUUCAGCAUCAGUACGCGUAUAAGGAGCGACGCACAAAGGUUUACGUCUGCGAGGAGUGCGGUCACACCACCCAAGAACCAGAGGUCCACUAUCUUCACCUGAAAGAAAAACAUCCCUACAGUCCAGCACUUCUAAAAUUUUACGAUAAGCGGCAUUUCAAGUUCACGAACAGCAAUUUCGCCAACAUGUUGCUACAGGGUGGCCUUCUCCAACCGGAUUCACGGAGUCCAAACACCGGCGUCAAGAAGACUUCCAAAACUCUUGAAAAUCGUCGCUUGCUAAUAACCAAGUCUAAAUAACGAAGCCAUUUCUCGAGAACCAUUUUGUUUCGGAAAUCGGACAACAAGAGGACGUUGCAUUAUCGACGACAAAAAAAAAACGGUUUGCCAGAUAUCGCAAAAGGCAAGUGAUAGCAAACUUUUGAAUUUCAAUUUAAAAACAUAACUUUUCUGGCUAAAAACUAUUCUCCCAGUAUUCUCUUAUCGAUCUAUUUUUAGGCUAAUUUUUUUCUCUCCAUAUUUUUUUUUUCAAAAAUUUACAAAAAAAAACAUAAAAAGUGGACGAAUCUCUAAAUUUUAGAACGAUUUCGAUUCACUUAUCGACUGAUCACGAGGAAACAAUAGGACGUAUGAAAAAAAAUGUAUAGGCGGGAUUUCCCGAUGGGAAAUUUUAAGCACAAUUUUGUUAGUUAGGGUAACUGUGAUAUAUUGAAAAAAAAAUAAUAAAAAAAAACUGGCUAGAUUUUUUUUUAUUACUAUACAUACACAAAUGGCACAUGACUCGCGUUCUAAAUUUCGAUUUUCGGAUAUUUUCGCGCAAUUCUUGACACUUGAAAAUAUUUACAUAAAUACACAAUACAUAAAACACGACACAAAACGGGGUUUCGUGCAAUGUUUGCGGUGGUAGGGAAACUUACAAACAAAAAAUGGCGUUAGUGACUCGCAAUUCUUCAGCGGAAGGGAAACAAACUCCUUUUUUGAUAAUUUGACAAAAGCGUUAAUUAUGAAAAGAACUCAAAAUAAAUAUAAUGGAAGAAAAUAUAAACAUAACCUCAAAUUUUUUCUUUUUUUUUAGACAUGAGAGAAAGAAGGAUAGUAAAUCAUUUUUCUAGAAAAGGAUGAAAGAUAUUUCUAUUCUUCUUUCUCUCAUGUAAAUAGUUUUCGCGAACAUGAGAUAGAAAAGAAUAGAUAUAUACUUUUAUUCUUUUCUAACUCAUACAUUACACUGUGUUUCGGUUUUAAUGCAGAAUUUUUUUCUUCGAAAAUAUUUGUGUUUAUAUUUUUCCUUCCGGGUUUAUUUGCCUUUCUGUGAAAAUACUCUUAAAAAAUACGAUCACAAAUCUUUUUCUCGUAAAAUCCUGAGCAGAAGCUUUGGGCUUAAAUUUGUGAAUUGUACGCAUAGAAUUGUAAUCGUACCUUAAUAUAUCUCAUUAUAAUGCGACAGUUAAUUCUAUAACUAUUUAUUUAUUUAUCGAAAAUAAUUUUCAAUUUACUAGGUAAGAAUGAAUUUUUUCUAUAGUAAAUUUACAAUUAUUUACCUCUCUAGUAUUAGUAUAAUUACCACAAUUAUUUAUUUGACACUUUUAGUAAUUUCUUAAUCUAUUUUUCGGUAGGAGGUAAAAUGAGCCUUGUCCUCUGGUCAAAUUUCGAAUUUUUCCUCGACUGCCCAACCUUGCUAUGGUGGAAAUUGUAAACAGACCUUAAAAUAUUAAAAGGCCGAUUUUAUAUGCGAGGGAAAAGGACAGCAAUAUCUUCUGCCUCUUUCUAGAAAAAGGCAAAGGAUAUUUUUAUCCUUCUUACUCUCAAGUAAAAAUUAAAAUAUUUUUGAUUCCACAUAAACUUGAAUUCUUUUCUGCACUCGAAAAAAAUACUGAAAAUUCCACCUAACAAGUUUGGAAUUCGGCUAAAAAUUAAAAAAUUUGAUUUUUUUUACCGUUUUUGAACUGAUUUAAUUUAAAAAAAAUGCUUUUUAAAGUCAAAUUAUCAAACCUAACCUCAAAUUACAAGAGAAUAAAUUUUUAGGUUAUGUUAGCUUUUUUCCCCUGCGAAUUGCCGGGUCUCUCGAAUGCUGACUAGAUUAAUAAGUUAAUUCAAUUUUAAAUAAGAAAAAAAAGAGCUUCAGGUGCUUUGGAUUAUAGAGUUGUUUGGUGCUUUUUUUUCUCACGAAGCUGAAAUACUUUGGAAAUUUCUUUUUUAUGUAAAUAGAACAAUUAUAAUAAUUUUUAAGUACGUUAGAAACAAAAAAAAAAGUGCACUGGAUGCAAAACAGGAAUAAGAGAAAAACUUAAAAUAGACAAAAUUUCCAGUGUCGAGUUUUUAUUAAUUUUUUGUAAAUAAUAUUAUAGAGUAUAAACAAUUUUAGUCUAUAUAACUAUUUGUACCUUGGAUGUUAAAAACAAUUAUAAGAGAAAAAGAAAAUAAUGUAAAGAGAGUGAGAAUAUUGUUUGUACGUCCCUGUCUCAGCAAUACUCAAGCAAAGAACAAAAAAAAUAAAAUAAUGCAGAAAAAGUAGAACUUUUUAAAGAAAUAUAAAAUAUUUUCUCACCUAAGCCAAUCGUAUCUCGUUAUUAUUUAAUUUACGUCCAGUAUUGUCUGAUAUAUAUAUGUAACUAUUAUAAUAUUGUUAUCAUGAUAAUUUUUUUUCUCCUUUUUAUUAUUAUUAUAUUAUUAUUAUUAUUAAAAAAGUAUCGCUAUACUGUUUUUACAACAUUCCAACUCUAUAUUGAUAUAUAUUUAAGAAUAGUAAACAAAAAUUAAUGGUUAUUAUUAAUUAUUAUUAUUAUUAUAUUAUUAUAAUGAUUAUUAUUAUUAUUAUUAUUAUAUAUUAUGGAUAUUAUUGAGAAAAAAAAACAAAAUAUUUAUCAACGUUAAUUUUUAACAGAUGCGCUUCCUGUCGACAAUUUUUAUUUUAUUCGCUGAGAAAUGAUGAAUGAAUGUUAUAUAUUUUUUUUCGUGCAGUAAUUGUAUAUCUAAAUUUUAUGUGUGAAUGUGUUUUGGAAAAAAAAUGCGAUUAACAAGAACGACUGUUUUAUUAAAAAAAAAUAUUUUUUUUCAUUUUUUUUGUAAUAUAUUAGCUCGAAAACAAUUUGAGCCUUAUAUUUUUUAGUUUCUAGAGUUGAUUAUUAUUAAUCGACUGUUAAAACGGUAAAACGUGGUUUUUCACACUUCUGUGCAUGUAGAAAUUGAAGAGAUAAU